UGCUCCGCAGCGCUAUACACGGGUUGGAGCUGCGGGAACACACUGUUUUCACAUCAGGAAGUGUGGGAGCCCCGGGGCAAGUGAUUUGAGCUCCCACAUUGAGCCAGCGGAGGCUUGUCAUAGGUCGCUCUCUCCACGUGGUGCGCUCCUGUUUAAGUUUCCAGUAUUUGGCCCAGCGCCCUGAGAGAGGGCAACAAACUCAAUAAGACAAUCACUUGGAGGAUCAUAUCUUGUAGCUGAGAGGGGAGAGCGCAGACACCCGGAGACAAACAGCCGCACACAGAUAGCAGGCGGAGGUAGCUCGGGCUUGUAUGUCAGCUGCAAGCUCCUUUCUGGGACACGUCAGGGACCUGGGACCCGGUGAGAGGCUGCGAGCAGUAAAUAGAGGUGUGCAGCAGCUCUCCCAGACACCAGGAGCACUUGCUAGAGCUGGGGGACUGCAGCCCUUAUCCAGCAGUCAGCAGCUCCGCGCUGGAAUCAAACCCCACAGACUUCUGCAACUCUGGUUCCAACAGCAGCAGCAGCAGCCUGCGGGACCUGUCAUAGCCAGCAACCCCAGCAGCACCUGUCACUGUCUGCAGGACCCGCUAGGAUCUCUCAGCUCCAGAACCUGGAUCUAUCGUCUGUCAGCACCUGUCAGAGCCUCAUUUUCUGUUACUCUCUACUUGCAUGGAACCUGUAGGGGCAAAACACUGCAGCAUCUUAACAAAUUUAACUUUGUUCUAGGGAGGCUUAGGCACAGACUUGGCUUCUUUGCAGGUUUUUAUUUUGAAUGCUAUUUUUUCAUGUUUGGUGAAAAUUGAAUGGUGACAAAUCAGGCUCCCCAUUAAACAAGGAUUUGUUUGGCACUAAUUAGCACUUAAUGGUGAUAGUGGCAAUUUGUGCUGUCAGUUGUGACCUGUGUUCCGCAGCUGUUUUUGUAUUGGGGACCCAGAGAGAGGAGCGGAACAGUCCCAGGACUUACAAGCUAUUGGGAUUUACACGGUGCCAUAAAGGGCAGCAGCACAGACACUUGUCCCUACUAUCGCAGGCACCAUAGCUGCACGGAUACUCAGCACUAUGCCUUGCCCGGGCUUUGCAUUGUUUUUGACCUGGCUUCUGCUGGCAGCCGGUAGCCCCACGCCUCCCCCUGAGCCACAGCCUGGCACACAGGACACCUGCUCGUCCUGUGGCUUUAGACCCCCGGAGGACGCGGGUAAAAUGGACCAGGACUUUUUGGAGGCAGUGAAGAGGCACAUUUUAAGUCGUCUGCACAUGAGGGACCGACCCAACAUCACCCAUGCGGUGCCCAAAGCUGCUAUGGUCACUGCACUCCGGAAGCUGCACGCUGGCCGGGUACGGGAGGACGGGAGGGUGGAGAUACCCAACCUGGAUGGGCACGCCAUGCCCAGCCCUGAGAUGCUGGAUCAGAGCUCAGAGAUCAUCAGUUUCGCAGAGACAGAUGAUCUGACAGCAUCCAGGAUCAGACUGUCAUUCACAGUAUCAAAUGAAGGGAACCAAAACCUCUUUGUCUUCCAAUCUAAUUUGUGGCUUUACUUGAAAUUGCCAGAUGUUACGGAGAAGACAGGCAGACGCAAAAUACGGAUAAAAGUAUAUUUCCAGGAUCCAACUAAUCCCGGAAAGAUGAACCUGGUAGAGAAGAAAGUUGAUAUCAGAAGAAGUAGUUGGCACACAUUUCCUCUGACUGAGAGCAUCCAGGCUCUCUUUGAGAAAGGAGAUCGGAAACUGGAUCUGGAGGUCCAGUGUGAUGGCUGUGAAGAUUAUUCAGUUCUUCCAGUGUAUGUUGACCCCAGUGAAGAAUCCCAUCGUCCCUUUUUGGUGAUUCAUGCCAGAUUAGCAGAUAACAAGCACCGAAUUCGGAAAAGAGGCCUUGAAUGUGAUGGACGUACCAAUUUAUGUUGCAGGCAACAGUUUUAUAUUGACUUCCGACUUAUUGGCUGGAAUGACUGGAUCAUAGCUCCAUCAGGUUACUAUGGGAAUUACUGUGAAGGCAGCUGCCCAGCUUACUUGGCUGGAGUCCCAGGUUCAGCAUCAUCAUUUCACACAGCAGUGGUGAAUCAGUAUCGAAUGAGAGGCUUGAACCCAGGGACUGUGAACUCCUGUUGCAUUCCCACCAAGCUAAGCACAAUGUCUAUGCUGUAUUUUGAUGAUGAAUACAACAUUGUUAAGAGGGACGUACCCAAUAUGAUUGUGGAAGAAUGUGGGUGUGCAUGACUGGGAUGUCAGAACAAUUCCUCAAUUUCACUGUGCUUAUUUCUACAGGGAUGCCAUGCCACUGUGAUGUUUGGCGGGGGGAUUAUUUCACAUGUGAGACCAGUGCCAGUCAGUGAAUGUCCCAUAAUAUCCACAGACUUAUAUAAGACAUUUCUUAUAAGCCUUUAAGUAGCAAUGGCCACAAAGGCAACUCACUAGUCAAACAGUAAACACAUCAUUUCAUUACCAGCAAGUGCCAGUGAGUAAGAAAAGUCAAUUUAUUUUGCCCGCCUUGAGGAUGAAAAGCGAACACAUUCCUAUACACCUAUCUUAAGGGACCAAUCAAGGAAUCUGCAUGGCAGUGCCACUGAUGGUGAUAGGUUCUUCAGAUUUUCAUAAAAUCCACUUAUAGCACUUCCAGCGAGGAAUGUAUGGUUACAUUGUAGCUGGACUAAGGGAAGACCUAAUCCUAUUUCUUACCACCAUGAUUGGGCAUUCCCAAGAUUCCAUGGGUCAGAGGAUUGUAACCAGUCUACUGUACCUGCAGUGCCCAAACUUAGGCACUACAAAACAAUGACUAACUUUCUGCAUGUUGCCUACAAUACACAUGUGGUAUCUCUCCUCAUUCUCUUCUUGAAUGGGGCAACAUUAAUCUUUCCUUUUGUAUGAGCUUCUUUGGCUGACCACUAUGAUUGGGCAUUCCCAAGAUUCCAUGGGUCAGAGGAUUGUAAUCAGUCUACUAUACCUGCAGUGCCCAAAUGUAGACGCUACAAAACAAUGACUAACUUUCUACAUGUUGCCUACAAUAUACUCUUCUCAUUCUCUUCUUGAAUGGGGCAACAUUCACCUUUCCUAUUGUAUGAACUUCUUUGGCUUGGUUACAGCUUAACCGUAUAGAGAAGUCUGAAUUCUCUAGUCAUUUUUUUUUUAAAAUUCAUUGAGAGACUAGGACAAUCGACAAAAGACAGAAGCGGGUGAAGAUGUAUCUUUUACCCCAUGUAUUGCUAGAGGUGCCACUUCAUAUUACCAUGUGUUAACAGAGGGCUGAUAAAAGGGAUUGAGGGAGACUGACAGCAAGCCUUGCAGUUGGGCAGUGAUCAUGGAGCAUAGCACUUGCAAACUGCACGUACUCCUCUUAGAGCACUUGCACUUCUCACUGCCUUGAAAAGUGGUACUUCACAGUGCACUUAAUUUCAAUCAAACUUCAUUUUAACCGCUUCUCUGCUGUAGAGGCUAGCUGCAGCCAUUAAAAGGGUUAAAGCAGGCCUACCUACUUGGAAUCCUUCUGGGUUAAGUGCCAGUAAACAUGAGUAAAUACAAUUCUUUUUUGUAUUAAGUCACAAGCAGUCAAUAUGUUAUUAGACUCCGGGAAAGUAAAGGCACUCAUCCAUAUAACAAUGUAGUUGAUAACAUGAGUUAUAUGCAGUUAGUUAUUAGAUGUAGACAUAAAAGGCUAACUCUAAAGAACACGUAGAAUGUAAAGCACAGUACUUAAUAAAAGCAAUUAUUUAAAGGUUCACUGGAACAGUUCCAUAACAUACGAUUUGCACAAACAAUGAAAACUAGUAGUUAAAAUAAAUGGGCAUUUUUAAAGGAAAAUGUAGUGCUUCUUACAAUAAGAAUGGAGUUAAUACAAAAAUCUAUUUAUAUUAUAACUCAUUAAGGUUUCCUGUGGCAUUCUUUUAGAACAAGAGAGGUAGUCACUGUUUUGGAGACAAUUCUGUUAAAAAAAAUAAGACGCUCACAAUGAUAAACUUUAGAUUAACCUGUUCAUGUUGAAGAAAUCUUUCAGAAUAAGCUCCAUAGGAUAAUAUAGACACUGUAGAGUAAAUUCUCACCUUCCAGAAUUAUGAUAUCCCUAAUGCUCUAGUGAUUAAACAUGUUUAAAAGUAAUUUAUAUAAUACAUUGGCAACCUAUCCUAAAGGAGACUAGUAGGAAAUCCUGCUAUAUUUAUACAAGUGCUGCCUGAGCUAUGCAUUUCAAUUAUAUUCACACAUUAGCAGAACAGACUUUCUUAUUUUUUUUUUAUAUAUAUUUUUUUAUACUUGAAAAUAGUCAUUCGCUAUUUUUUUUUCUCUCCUAAGCGAAGGAUUAUUUGUGAUGUUUUGCACUGAAUAGAUGCAUGAGUAGUCAAAAACUGCCAUUUAUAAAAUAAAAUAAAAUAUUAUUUUUAUAGCAACUGAAUGAAUACAUUUUUUUCAUUGUAUUAUACAUCGUUUUGGAACCAAAGAGGCAAAUGUUAGUUGUAAUUCUGAAAAUCUGAGGCUCAUUUUUAUUGUACAUAUGAGCUGCCUCACUCCUCGGCCUUUGACCUUUCGCAGGCUACCAAUGCAUUUAUUUGUCCCAUUUCAAUGUUUUUUUUUCUAUUCAAUAUGCACAUGGAAUGUAGAAUGAAAAACGACUAUUGUAGCAUAAUUAUGUGCAUUCCUAAAUUCAUUGUUUGUUUUAUUUAAUAAACGUUCAUGUUAGCUUCUGUUACUUAAUAAUAAUUUAAAACCAAACAAUUUGUUUUCACUUAGAUGUGCUAUCGAAAGACAUUUCCUGCUGUGUACAGUUUUAAAUAAAGAAAUAAAAAAAAUUUAAAUUCA